AAAGAUGGCGGCGCCCACCAGUGCGAACAUUUCUGCUUGAAAAGGUUGAGUCUUCGUCGUCACUGCUUGUUUAUUUCUGCCGUCGGUUGCGUUCAAGAACGGUGUGUUACAAUGGAUACGGCAUGGUCACCUAUCGCUCGUCGGUACGAUCCUCUUAAAGCCGGCAGCAUUGAUGGGACGGACGUCAAACCUCACGACCAUGGCAUCGUCCGUGCCAUGGAAGCUACCUACAAAACAAACAAACAUGUAAAAACUGACCCACGCCUGACUAUCUUUGUAGCCCGGCUCAGUCCAUCUACAACUGAGGACACCGUGAAAGAGUUCUUUAGUCAUUAUGGGGACGUGAAGAGCUGUCACUUGGUCAGGGAUGUCGUCACCGGAUUCUCCAAGCGCUAUGCUUUCGUCGAGUACUACGAUGCGAGAGAUGCCUUGGCUGCAAGCAACGCAAACCAAACGCUCAUCGAUGAUUGCAAAGUCUUUGUGGACUUUGAACAAGAGAGAUUGCUGCCCGGUUGGAUACCCCGUCGACUCGGUGGUGGCUUUGGAGGAAAGAAGGAGUCUGGACAGCUGAGAUUCGGUGGCCUCGACCGUCCUUUCAAAAAGCCCAUCGGCCUCGGUUCCAGAAGUGGAGCCAACUUAUCGGAGCCAUUUAACGACAGAGGUCACCAGUUCUCUCACCGCCGUGAAAACCGUUACUCAGGCUCCGACUACAGAGCCAGGGAUUAUGACAGGAGAGACGAUACCAGCCGCGAGAAGAGGUCGAGCUACGAACGGUCGCGUCAACACCGCUAUGAAGGGGACUACAGAAGUGACCGUGCCGAGAGGUCCCACGGCCGACCACACGAGAGCGGCAGUGACCGCCGAAGAAAGCACGACGACCACUCCAGUCGUGAAAGCCGGGACGAACAUGAGAGCAGGGAACGCAGAAGUCGCAGGUCACCUGUUUGACAAGAACACUGUGGGAAACUCCCUUUCCUUUAUUUUGUAAAAAGUGAUUGUAUGAUCCUUCCAUUCUUUCAGCUAAUUUAAUCUUUCAGAUCUGCAACAUGAAUAAAAGGAUAUUUUGUGUGUUUUUAGUUCAGAUUAUAAUGAGUUUCAGCCGUAACAUU